UCUUUUUUUUUUUUUUUUUUCUAACACAAACUUCACAAUGGGCAACUGGUUCUCUGGUCUGUUCUCCAAGCUGUGGAGCGACAAGGAGGUCCGCAUUUUGAUCCUCGGCCUCGACGGCGCCGGCAAGACGACCAUUUUGUACCGAUUGCAAGUCGGCGAAGUUGUGACAACAAUUCCCACAAUUGGCUUCAAUGUCGAGACCGUCACAUAUAAGAAUUUGAAAUUCCAAGUCUGGGAUCUCGGAGGUCAAACAAGCAUCCGCCCUUACUGGCGAUGCUACUACGCAAACACGGACGCCGUUAUUUACGUUGUGGACAGCUCUGAUCGGGACCGAAUGUCCAUGUCGAAGUCUGAGCUCGUUUCCAUGCUCGAGGAGGACGAGCUGAAGGACGCCAUGCUGCUGGUGUUUGCCAACAAGCAAGACAUGCCUGGCGCGCUCCCACCGGCACAGGUGUCGGAGGCGCUCGGAUUGUCUGCGCUCAAAAACCGCACAUAUUCAAUUUUCAAGACAUCGGCCGUGAAGGGCGAAGGUCUUGAAGAAGCCAUGGACUGGCUUGUGAACAAUCUCAAGACACGACAAUAGAGUGGUUGGUUUUUUUGUUUUUGAUUGAUUGCCGUUUUUUUUUUCCUCCCCUUGUGAACAACCCUCCAAACAGCGACAAUAGAGUGUUGAUUGUUGUGUUUGAAGGAUUACCGUAUUUUUGCAUUCUGCUUAGACGUAUGUGUGCCACACAUGAAGCUUUUCGG